AAAAGUUGUUUGGAAUUAAAACGUAAUGCAGUUAGAGUCUAAGUAAGGAAUAUAGUGAAACGGUCAGAUGUGUAGGUUUUGGUAGUUCGGAUUUAAGCUAUAGUGCGGCGACUGAUUUUUUCUGGUAAUUAAAUAUGUAAAUCAGCGCUGGACGCAAUCGGCCUAGUGUUAGCUGUAGCUCUUCCGUAUUAGAAACAUAAAUCCGUACUUCCUCGAGAACAUGAUGCAAUAUUCUAGGAAAUUCGUUAAAUUUUAAGACUGACUGCCGUCCACGAAUCGACGUGGCCUAAUAUUAUUUUUUUAUCGAAUAAUUUUAAGAUUAUUUAAAAUGAUCGGCCCCUCUUCGCAAAUCAGCAAACUCCUACUGACCCUGCUGAUCUUGGUGAUAUUUUUUUAUUUGUAUAUGGACUUCAACCUUUACAUAAGAAUACAGAAGUAUCCGCUAAGUAACGAUAGAAGCAAUGCGAGCGUGGAGACUUACGAAGACGUGACAUGGGUAAGCUGUCAUAUCAAUCCUCUAUGCGAAGUUACUGUCAAAGCUGUGCUACUAGAUCAUACGAAUUAUUACCUCUUCGCGCCUUUGGUGCAGGUCGUCGAUGACAUACUAAAGAUAAGUGAAACCAAAUGGAUAACGCCUAACUCGAUUAGUUUUUUCCAUAUACUCGUCGCUGUUCUUAGUGCUAAGUGCGUUUCUAGUAAUAGUUUAGCGUAUAGAAGAAUCGGGGUGGUGUUGUUCGAAAUAAGAACGUGGCUAGAUGACCUCGAUGGUCACGUGGCGAGAGUGAGGAAACACAUAAAAGGUGAACGUUCGGAAAUAGGUACGGCGGGUUACUACAUCGAUGGUAUCUGCGACGCCAUCGGUUGCACGGCCUUAAUCAUCGGGAUAUUCGUGUUUCUCAAAAACAAUCCUCCUCGAAGAGGAUACAUCCAGUUGCCUACCACGGUAGACAGCAAAGAGACCAACAUAGUUCAUAGUUUAAAAGUUACUACGAAGAAAGUUGUGAGGAAAGUUUGUUGUUUCGCCUUGCAGCUCAUCAUUAGUUCCACGGCGUGGAACAGGUACAUAGCGUUGUACCAAGACAUGCUAGAAAACCCGGAUGCAUCGCCUGAUGACAAAGUCAAGCAGCAAGAAGUCUUCAGGAGUUCUUUCUUCUUCCUCAUGGCGUGGUUGUGGAGGGUGAUUAACGUCCACAAUCUGAUGCACGUGUUGUUGCUUUCGAUAUUUUGUGAUAAGUUGUGGGAGUUUCUAAGAAAUAUACAGUACGUUGGUUAUGGUAUAUUAUUGUCUGUUAUCUGUGUGACUGAGAUCAAUAUUAUUGAUGUUAAAAAUUUUAUUUUUCACAAGCUGAACGGUACUGAUACAUUAUGAGAUUAUGAUGUAUUUUAGAAUAGGAGCUUUAUUCCAGGGAAAUAAGCAAGAAAUAGACCAUGUUCGGGACACUGAGUUAUCCAGGUAUUUGGCAACUUUUUUAAUUAUUGUAAAUCUAUAGGAAGAAAACCUAUGUGUUUAGUGCCUAGAGCCAAUUGUUAAAUUCUUUUCUUAGUGUGGCCUGGUAUGGUGGUACGGGGGUUGCAACCCCCGUUGAUGGGGUUGAUUAAGUUGAAACACUAAUUACCGGAAUAUAUUUAUUUAAGUCACCAUGUACGACAGUUGGUGUAAGGGAUGCAUAACGUAUGCAAUUACUUGACCAAUUUCUAUCAUACAUUAAUUCACUUCAUAGUAAUAUUGAGUUUACAAUAGAAACAGAACAGAAUAAUUCCAUAAACUUUCUAGAUGUAACGAUUACCAGACUACACAACAAACAUGAGUUCUCCGUAUAUCAUAAACCUACCCAUACUGACACAACUAUACACAAUUCAUCAUCCCAUCCUACACAACACAAAUUAGCAGCCUACCAUAGCGUGAUACAUAGACUGACAGAAAUUCCCAUGACAAAAAAUACCUUCGAGAUAGAACUAAACAUCAUUAAACAAAUAGCAGUAAACAACGGCUAUAACGAACAAACAGUUAACAAAAUUUUAGAUCAAAAACUCCAUAAGAAAGCUCUGAAAUUAGUGUAUUCACCACCACAGAAAGAACCGAGUACCUUCUGCUCUCUCACAUAUACUGGCAAGAUAACAACCAAAAUAGCCAGAUACAUAAAAAAGAAAGGCAUAAUACCAGCUUUCAGAACUAACAACAACUUAAGCAAAUAUAUUAAGAACAAUAAAAGCCGAAAGAGAAAGCAACUACAGAGUGGUGUGUACAAACUAACUUGUGGUGACUGUCCGAAAACGUACAUCGGUCAAACUGGCAGAACUUUUGACAAACGGAUAGCAUUACACAAAAGGGCUUUCAACAAUAGAAAAACAGACACUUCUAACGCACUUCACCUUCUAGAUCAUAAUCAUUCUUUCAAUGAAGAGUUUCAAAUUCUGCAUAUCCAAAAUAAAGGCCUUAAGCUAUCUUUUUUAGAAUCUAUGGAAAUUAAUAAACUGAAAAAUACAGAUAUAAUUCUGAAUGACCAACUCGAGACAAACAGCUCCCCACUCCUCAACCUCUUCAGUUAGAGACUUAAAAAGGCAAACACAUUGUAAAUUAUAUCACUUGAGAAAGGCACUCUGCCGAAACAGCUGUAGUCACAUAGUUGUAAAUAAUAAAUUUUGUGGAAGUAUAGAAAACAAAAGUUUUUAGUGUUUUAUUGUGAGAUAAAAUUAAUAAUAGCUGUGAAUUAAAAAAAAAACUGGCUAACUUUGGCCCAAAUUGACCUAGGCCAAAAUUUUUGUUCGUAAAUUGGUGUUAAAAUGCCAGAUUUGCGAAUAUUUAAACAUAUUUUUUAUGGACAAUAUUUUCCAAGUUAUUCUAAAGUUUUAUAAGCUAGAAAAUUUUAAAAAUUUGGUAUUACAAUUUUUGACUAUAAUAAGUAAUUUUUUAUUCUUUUUUAAUACAUAUUGAUAGUAUAAGUCUUCUACUUUCACUUGGCAUCCGCAGAAUUGUCCUAUCUUAGUACUAAAAAAUAGGUCUCUGGGAUAAACAAAUACAAUAACAUUUAAACUAAUUAAUGGAUCGGUCUCAAAUUUUGAGGGUUUGUUUGUGCCCCAAUACACAAAUUUGGGUAGAAUGGCAAAGUUAUACUUUAGUUUUAAUGAAAGUUAUUAGCAAAUAACAAUUUUCACUUAUUCUGCAGUUUGUGAAGCAACAAAUUGACUUUUCAACUUUCAAAAAUCGGUGUUUUGAAGCCUUUUCAACGUUUCAAAGAAUCGAAAAAAUCGCGUUCUUUGUACUAAAUUGUUAAUAAUUAAAAAAUGGCUCCGAACUCCGAGGCAGGAAAGAAAAAGGUUUUCCUCCUCCGGGUUUACAUUAACUAAAAAAGUUGUCAGAUACCUGGAUAAUUCAGUGUCCUGAGAAAAUCCUUAUUUCCCUGGACUAUUUAUUCAAUGAAGGACAUGAGAUUUAAUUAUAUUUAUUUUAAUUUAAUUAUAUUUUGUACAUAGUUAAUUGUUAUUAAUUAAACGGUGCGUAUUUCAAAAUGUAUAGAUAACUCGUAAAACGUUUUAAAAUAUAUCCACAACUAUGAAAUUGGUCUAGGGACAAGCUAAGUCACUGUGGCCUUUUCAAUUCUUAUGCUUUUCAAAUAAAAUUUGUUGCUUGUGAUGCACACCGGAAUAUGUUUUUGAAUCGCGGAGUAAUUUACAAAAGAGAAGGGGAACAGCUGUUGAACAUUUCUCACUACGCUCAAGCGCGCUGGCGCGAAGCUGCUGCACAGCGAGUCGAAAGUGAGAAUAUUCAAUAUGCUGUAUUUAAGGCAGUUUUGUUUCGAUCAAUCUGAAAUUUUUAGAAAGUAUUCUUAUAAGUUAUGUACUUUCAUGUAAAAUAAUAAAAAAAUCGAAAAAUUCAAAAUUUUUAAACCGCUCUUCCUCCCUUAACAAAUUUUGUUUGAUGAAAGUACAUGAAUUAAGCUUUAAAAGGAGACUUUCGAAAGUUCAUAGAAGCCGUGUUACCAUCGAAAAAGCUUCGAAUAGUACUUAUUUCGCAACCAUUUUGCAUUAAUGUUACAAUAUUUCUAGUUCUAAUCAUUGGAUUAAAGUUUAAUAAACCCCAUUUUGUUUGUUUUUUAAGGAACAAAUUUUAUUUGAAAUUUUUUUUAUCUCUUUUAGUUUACGAUCUAGAGCCUUGUAGACAAUUAAAUUGUUUGUAACAAUUUUUUGACCACUCACAUCGAAAUAGACCUAAAAAGAGAUUAAAAUAGCCACGGUAAUCUAGCUCACCCCUAGACUAUAUUUAGUCCAUGUGGUGAGACCGCUCCCGUCUGAAAAAUUUCUGAUUCGGUUUCUUUGUGAAUUCCUAUUCAAAAAUAUCUCCUUGAAACAAAUCUGAAGGGUGCCGGGCGGAAUUUUUGGACAGAAAUUGUUUAAACAAUUUUUUUAAACAAAUACAAAAGAUUACCUUUUUUGACUCGAAGAAUAUUUUUUAGAUUUGUUCGGUCAUUCUAAACAAGAAAGGUAUCUUGUGAUUUUUCUCAAAAAUUGAUAGUUUUCGAGUUACAGGCGAUUUAAAAUCUGAAAAAUGCGAAAAUACGCAUUUUCAAGGCUUAAAAACUCAUAUUUAAAUUAAUAUUUUUGAGGUUGCCAAGUACUUGAAUUGUAGUUUAAACAUUCAUUUUCAAGAUUCUGCAGACUGAUCGGGUCUAACUUCAAUUUACACCGUUGUUUUUUAAUUGUUAUUAUGCGUGCCCAUCCGAUUUUCCGGUGCGGCGAGCACUAUUUCCCAAAAAUUUUCUAUUUUUCUCCGAAAAAUAUACUUUUUAUAUUUUUCGGGAUAUUCUAAAUAAAAUAGGUUUCUUGUCAUUUUUCUCAAAAGUUAAUAGUUUUAAAGUUAUAAGCGAUUUAAAGCGCAUUUUCGGAUUUUAAAUGGCUUAUAACUUUAAAACUAUUAACUUUUGAGAAAAAUGACAAGAGCCCUAUUUUAUUUAGAAUGUCCCGAAAAAUCUAAAAAAUAUAUUUUUCGGAGGAAAAUCGGAGAUUUUUGGAAAAAGUGCGGGCCCGGCAAAAAAAAUCGGAUGGACACGCAUAAUUAACAAUUAAAUAACAACGGUGUAAAUUGAAGUUAGACCCGAUCAGUCUGCAGAAUCUUGAAAAUGAAUGUUUAAACUACAAUUCAAGUACUUGGCAACCUCAAAAAUACUAAUUUUAAAUGAGUUUUUAAGCCUUGAAAAUGCAUAUUUUCGCAUUUUCAGAUUUUAAAUCGCCCAUAACUCGAAAACUAUCAACUUCUGAGAAAAAUCACAAGAUACCUUUAUUGUUUAGAAUGACUCAGAAAACCUAAAAAAAUAUUCUUCGGGUCAAAACAGAUGAUCUUUUGUAUUUGUUUAAAAAUAUUGUUUAAACAAUUUCUGCCCAAAAAUUCCGCCCGGCACCCUUCAGAUUUGUUUAAAGGGGACAUUUUUGAAUAGGAAUCCACAAAGAAAUCGAAUCAAAAUUUUUUUCAGACGGGAGUGGUCUCACUACCUGGACUAAUUAUAACUCUUAUAAUUUUGUAUUAUGGCUUCGUAUUUUUGUGGAUUUAUUUAAUGAACAAGUGAUCUUUCUUAUCUACGUAGAAAUAUUUCUUAUACAAGGUGUUUCAGAAAAAGGUAAAACCGUCUCUAUGGUAGGUAAAAGUUGAAAAAUAAUUGGGGUUUGUUUAGUAAAAAUGUUUGUAACGCCAUCCGUUUUUACUAUACAGGACGUUGACGACCAAAAAAUUUUACACAUUUUUUAUGAUUUUCCGAAACUACUGGCAACAUUGUAAUGUAAUUUGGUGGGUUUCAAGAAGUAGUUAUUGUGCAUUUUUGACAUACAAAUAAGAAUUUUAUAUUCAUCAUUGGCGCGCGUAUGGGUAAUGGUUACAUUUAUUAAAAACAAUAGUACGCCACUGAGAUCUUUCAAUUUAAAAUCAUUUUUGAAUUUUUCAUUCAAUUUGUGACAAAAAAACCUUCUUCCCUUUUUUCAUAUGACGCGCCGUUUUCAUGUAAAAAAUAAAAUAUCUUAACGAUUCAAAAGUAUUCUGAGUUUCUACAGGGUGUUUAAAAAAAUAGUAACAAGAUAGGUAAAAAAAUAAUAAAUAGAUAAUAUAAUAUAAUAGAUAAAAAAAUAAUUUGGUUUUGGUUAGUAAAAAUAUUUUGUAACGCCAACCGUUUUUAAGUACAGGACGUUGAAGAAGAAAAAAAUUUACCCAUUUUUUACGAUUUUACGAAUAUACAUUCAUAUAGAAACUUAAUUAAAAUACUUUGGAACGGCGCGUCAUAUAAAAAGGGAAGAUACAUUUUUUGUCAUAAAUUGAACGAGGAAUUAAAAAAUGAUGUCUAAUUUGAAAUAUCUCAGUGGUGUACUAUUUUUUUUCUUUAAAUAAAUUGUGACCGUUACCCGUAUGCGCGCCAAUGAUACAUAUAAAAUUCUUAUUUGUAUGUCAAAAAAUGCACAAUAACUUCUUCUUAAAACCCGCCACAUUUCAUUACAAUGUUGUCUAGUUUCGGCAAAAUCAUAAAAGAUGUUCUGAAGCUAUAUCCUUGUGGCAUUUUUGUAAUCAACUAUUCUAAAUUGGAAAUAAGCCACAAUUUAAGUAAAAAAAUGAUUUCAUUAACGUUUCGACGUCCAAAUCGGAUGUCGUUGUCAAAAUACAAAAUAUUAAGGUAUUAGAUCAAUAUUUUGUAUUUUGACAACUACAUCCGAUUUGGACAUCGAAACGUCAAUAAAAUCUUUUUUUUUACUUAAAUUGUGGCUUAUUUCCCAUUUAGAAUAGUUGUUAAUAAAAGAUGUGUAAAAAUGUUUGUUCUUCAACACCCUAUAUCUUGAAAACGGAUGGCUCAUCAAUGGCUGAUCAAAAACUUUUUACUAAGCAAACCCCAAUUAUUUUUCAGUUUUGACCUAUCCUAGAGACGGUGUUACCUUUUUAUGAAACACCCUGUAUAUACGGCAUGCACCUUCCUUCGUGUGAAAGACAAAUACUUUUUCAAGAAAUUGCAACGUGUAUGUAUUUAUUAAAGCUACUAGUUAAAUCAUAAACUAUUACUAGAAAUUUUUGAUAACGUAUUUAUCUCUAUUAAUAAUGUAACAGCUACGGCCUCACUAUUAUCAAAUUAAUACACUUAGGUCCGGUCUCAUUAACAACAAAUAAAUCAAUAAAUAGUUAUUCGUCGAAUAAAAUUUAUUAGACGUUUAUAUUUUUAUUUUGUUUCAAUAUAAUUGUGAUAAUAUUUAAAGUUAAACUGACGAAUUUACUUUCUUAUAACUAUUUACAGCGAGAUUAUCUUGCCAAUUUACUCGAAGAGUAAAUAUUUAUUUAAUAAAUAAAUAAAAUAAGUCUUGUUUGACGUUAGUAAAAUUGAGAAAUGUCAGUAUGUCAGUCAGUAUUGAAAAUGUCAGUUCGAUUAACUUUAAUUUAUUCAUAAAAUAGACUACUAUUUGUCGUUGGUGAAACCGGCCAUUAACCGCAAAAGUUUUGAACCACUAAAUAUUAUGCUCAUUUUAAUAGUUGAUUUUUCUUGAACCGAUUAACGGAUUCCGCUAUUUUUUUAUUAUUGUAGAUUUUUUCUUUGGUAUUGUUACACAGCUUUAAAAUCGAUUUACAACAACAUAUUGUUUACAAUAUUUUUAAUACAAUGACAACUAUAAACUUCAAAAAUUCAAAUACAACUGUUCCAGACUUAAAUAGGUACACAUUUCGGAAUUUUUCGAUGACAUCUUGAAUAUUCGAGAAGUUAACUUACUCUUUCCCGUCAAGAAACUUUUUCUAUGUAGGACCAAUCUCACGAAACUGUCGUAACACUGCUCCUUCUUUUAUAGUUAUUCGCCUCGAUUAACUGGUCUAUCAGGGACUGGUGGAAGCCAACAGGGUGGAUCAGUUCCCUGAUAUGAGGCUAAUCUCUCCAUAUGAACUAAAUAUAAAUGUGUCGUAUAAAUAAUAAGAACGUGGUAUUAUAAAAAUAAUUAUUUUUCAAAUCAAAAUGUCAAUUUUAAAAACAAAAGAAAACUUCCAACGCGGGGAAUCGAACCCGACUCGCCUGGUGAAAACCAGGAGCUAGGUAUUUUAGGCCAUGAUGGAUGUAAGUCACGGAGAUAAAUAUUUGACAUAUUAGUUGUAGGGUUUUUCCAUCUAGUUUCAUAUUUUAUCUUUUUUUGCCUAAAAGCCCCGGUUUUGGGUCAGCUGACACAUCAUUUGUUAAUAAGCUUUGGAACACCUGACUAAAUAAACAAAAAACAGCCGUGCUAAAAUGCUCCGUUCAAAUGUGGCACUACCUCCCGGGCUAUAAGUCUCCCAUUCAAUUAAAUACAAACGCUCAGCUAGCCCAAAGUGAAAGUAUUCCUUUGUAUCCGUUUGGAUACAGGUGGCCUAAGUGAUCAAAGUUAUUUGUAUCUAGAUGUAAAUGAUGCAACUGGCGUUUAACGUGUUAAAAUAUCAUGACAGCGUCCGCACGGUCCCAUAACGCACCCUUGAUCUUUACUGAUUUUCGACGGAUCUCCCCAGACGUGUCUGUGCUACCACGGACGAAGUUUUCUCACGGUGCGUGGUGCGAGCUGGUCUGUGUCCGUCCGCGAAAUUGUCGAUCUUGGGAAGACGUUGUUACUACGGACCAGCACAGACGCGUCUGUGCUACCACGGACGAUACACUUCCCACGGUGCGUGGUGCGAGCUAGUCCGUGUUCGUCCGCGAUAUUGCCGAUCGUGAGAAGCCGCUAUUAUGUUGCACUGUGCAUAUCGCUCACCUGGUCGACGAAUAACUAUUAAGCGUCAAUCCAAACUGAUUAUAGAAGCAAAUGGGUAUCAGUUUACAAUCCGACAAGCCAGAGUUGGCGCGUGACCUUGCGCGAAAAUACACAGCGAGAAAUAAACAAUAGGAGAAGGUCAGCCGCCAGUUCUCGCUUGUCGGAUUGUACGUCGUUUCUUUCUAUUUUAAAAUUUUGUUAACUGUUGUUAUGUAGGUACUUUUCACUAUUAAUUUAGUAUAUUUUCAGUUAAAACACAUGUUGAAGAAUAAAACUGUUUAUUUUCAUUGUUUUUAAAGUAAUCAGAGAAAAUAAAAAUACAAAAUGUUCACAAAACAUAAAACUACAACAUUAUUUCAAUGUUUUUCCACUUUUGUACCUUGUCCUCCAUACAGGGUGUCUCAAACUUAACAUAAACAUUUCCUUUCUUCCACCCGGGACUAGCCAAAAAGAUAGGUUUGAAUAAACCUUUGUCCAACAGUGUAAAUGCCAAAGAGAAAAUCUAAAACAAUAAUAAAAAAAAUAGCGGACUCCGUUAUUCUUUUUACAAUAAAUAUAUAUAUAUAUAUAUAUAUAUAUAUAUAUAUAUAUAUAUAUAUAUAUAUAUAUAUAUAUAUAUAUAGUCUUUUAAGUCCCUUUUACUUUUCAGUGUCGGGACUAAUGUCUAUUCACGUGUGCACAAACUUUGACCAUUGUUUUCUAUCCUGCGCCAGUCUGCUUGCUUCUGCUACGGUUUUCCCUUUCUUUUGGAUAAUCUUCGCAAUUGUUGUAUCCCAGUUUUCUGAUGGUCUUCCUCUGUUUCUUUUUUUCUGAAUUCUUGCUUCCCAUACUUUCCUUACUGGUAUGUUUCUUCUCAUUCUUUUCAUGUGACCCCACCAACUCAGCUGUUUUUCUUCGAUGUAUUCUAGGAGUGGUUUAGUUUUGAGCUCCGCUCGUAUAUCUAUAUUUCUUAGUCUGUCUCUUUUUGAUACUCCUUUUACUCGUCUUAGGUAUUUCAUUUCCAGUGCCUGGAUCUUACUCUUCAUACUUCUUGUUAAUACCCAAGACUCGCACCCGUAUGUAAGUACUGGUCUGUAUAUCGUGUUGAAGACAGUUAUUUUGGUUUUUCUGGAUAUUUCUUUUUUGUUUAAAAAUUUGUUGUUAAUUGCGUGGAAUAUUUUAGACGUUUUGUCAAAUAAACGUUUUUGAACAAAACGUCAAAACGUCUUUUACAAUAAAUUCAACUAUCUAAAUAAGCAUCAUAUGUGGUGCAAAACUUUUGCGGAUAAGUUUAUUUGAAAAUUCGCAUAUACCUACUACAGUUCCAAGAUGUGAUUACUCAUUUAAUAUGAAAUAUUUACUAUUUUUAAAUGUGUGUUUAUCUUUGCCAAAUACUAAGUACUAAGAUAAUAUGAGGUAAUAUAAGAGAUUAAUAAAAAUAAUCUUUUGGAUCAUAUUACAAUUUUAAUUCAAAUAACAUAAACCAAAUAAUCACAAAACUGUUCCUCUAUAUGCAUACUUAGGUAGCUUUCGAACACUUUGAGACCUGUUUAACGUUAAAUUUUUACUCUGUGUUAAUAUUUUAGGUACUCUCUUUAUUCCAUGUUUAAAAAAGUGGUACUUUUAUGUACUGUAUAGUAUGUAGGCGGUACUGUAUAGGUACCAGCGCGAAGCUUCAUACUAUUUUUGUAGUAAUUGUAUUAAUUAUUUAUUAUUUUAUAGAUUUGUUUUAUAGAUUUUUUGUAAAUUUUAAUAAAAUUGAAACAGUCUA